CCAUCCAACCAGUGACCCGUCGGAUCUACACGGGUAAACCAAAGUAAACCAGAAAAUCCCAAAAAUGAAACGCGAUUUGUAAUCGUUUCUCGAAUCUGUUUAUAUUUUCCGAUUUCUCAUUUCCUUUAAACAUUUUUUCGAGCCAUUUUUUCAUUCUCUCGGUCUCGAAACUCUUCAGUUUCUCUCUAUCUCUCGCGAAACUCAAGAGAAGAAGCAGAUCUCUCAUCUCAUCGAGGCAUCUCGAUCUCGGUUUCGCCAAACAAGGAGAAGAGGAACUGAAAAUGGUGAAGACGAAAUGGACGAGGAAGAAGAAGAAAACGAAACCAUUGAAGGAUAUAACAUCUCCAUUGAAAGAUAUUGAGAUUCCGAAAGAGAUUGAGAAAGAGAAGAAGAACGAUGUGAAUCUCGUUGAAGAUAAAGAAAAAGAGGCGAACCCUGUUGAAGAUAAAGAUUCUGAGAUGGAGACGAACACUAAUGAAGAGAACGAGACCGAAGAGAGAGUUGAUGAUGAAGAGGCGAACAAGGUUCAAAGUGAUGUAGAGGAAGAAGAUGAACAGAGGUCAGAGGAGGAAGAGAGGUCAGAGGAAGAACAGGAACAUAGGUCAGAGGAGGAAGAGAGGUCAGAAGAGGAAGAGAGGUCAGAGGAAGGAGAGGAAGAGAGGUCAGAGGAGGAACAGAGGUCAGAGGAGGAACAGAGGUCAGAGGAGGAAGAGCGGUCAGAGGAAGAAGAGGAAAGAGAGGAAAGAGAGGAAGGAGAGGAAGAGAGGUCAGAAGAAGAGGCGAACUUGGAUGAGAGCAAUGAUGGAAGAAGAGAAGGACGUAGGGAAGAAGGAAGUAGGGAAGAAGAAAUUUACAAUGUAGACAAUUUCUUAGCAUUUGAGGCCAUCGAGAAAUUGGGGGAGAAAUUCCGAGAGCGAGUACCAGAUGAAGACGUACACCCAACAUGUCCAAGGAUGUGCCGAUCAAUGUUCAAGAGAAGUGAAAUGAAGGGAUUUCCACUAGAGAAAAUAAAUAAAGCACUCGGUGAUACUACGGACAUUGAGAACAUCUUGGCUUGUACCGACGAAGACAAGACUCUACUAGAUGGGAUAACAGAACCAGAAGACAUCAGAGAUAAGGAUGACACGAUUGUGGAGAGUUGGAUGAAGGUGGUGGAGAGGGGUUAUGUUGUUAGGUUUGAAGAUAUGUUGAAGGAAGAUGUGGCUGCUAGACAAGCCCCUCCCCCUGAGCCUCAACUUAUUAGUUUGAAGAUAUGUUGA